AUGGAAGGAAAUGAGUCUAUCUCUAGCCUCAGUAUGAGUAAGCUGGUAAUUGGUGUGAACCAUUUACAUAACACAUCUAUGAGAUCUAACCAUAUUUUUAUUCAUUGGUUAAAUUAUUUGAUAAAUCAAAGUUAUCCAUAUGAAAAUUGGAUAAUUUAUGGAUCUUCAAAUAAUGGUGUACUUACACUCCAACGGAAGUUGUUGAGAUGUUUAAUAAAAAGAUUCAUUAUAUUUUACUUGAAAUAUAUAAAAAGAAAGUGGUUAGGCGGGAAUUGGAAAUGCAAUGGAACUAAGCAAUCCAUAUCCGAUCUUUUAUUACAUUUUAAUAGACAUCAAACGAAAAACAACAAUUUAGAUGUCGUACUAUUUCCACCUUCUCUUUAUGUCGAACAUACUAGAAAUGAAUUGAAGAGUGAAGUUUUUGAACUUGGCGUCCAGAAUGUUUCUCAGUCUAAAUCUGGAGCCUUCACUGGAGAAUUGAGCUUAACUAUGUUUACAGAUUUCGGCCUAAAAUGGUCACUUGUUGGUCACUCUGAGCGUAGACAGCUCUUUAACGAGGACGACUCUUACGUGUGUGAAAAAGUUAUGAUGUUACAAGAAAACGGUGUAAAUGCAGUAGUUUGCUUUGGCGAAACAUUGUCUGAACGCGAACAAGGCCAGACAGAGAAUGUCCUUAAGAGACAACUUGAUGCCUUUGUAAAACAUGUAAAGGACUGGGACAAAGUAGUAUUAGCCUAUGAACCUGUUUGGGCAAUCGGCACUGGUAAAGUUGCAACUGUUGACCAGGUUAAAGAGGCACACAAGUUUGUGAGGGAUUAUGUGAGGGGAUUAGUUGGAGAUGUUGCCGACAAGGUCCGACUAGUUUAUGGAGGGUCGGUGAACGAGAAAAAUUGCCUUGAACUUUCAAAGUGCAGUGAUGUUGACGGAUUUCUAGUUGGGGGUGCUUCGCUCAAGAAGGAAUUUUUGGAUAUUCUGAAAUCACUAGAAUAA